AUGAUAUUUAAUGAGGUUGCAGUUGGUCGUCUUACGUUGGAAACCACUUUCGAUGAGUCUGAUUCACCACAGAGUCGUUUUGUACGCAGUCCGCCCUUUGUAUCAUCAACGCUACCUUAUCAUAUUAUUUGUUUUGUGAGCGCAUGGUUGUUUGUUUUUAUUUUGGGUCACUCGUCACUCGGUUAUUCGCCUGAUGAUGAAGCGGUUCAGCAGGAGCGGCCAAAGACGUUACCAUCAGGAGCAAAGUUCGCACGUAGUAAAUCGGAUCGUUUUGCUUCAUUGCGUAAAAAUUUGUUUACCAAAAGAAAUGAUACUGCAGUACGAAAUUCAGAAAUGGCACUGUCUGAUGACGAGCCAAAUCUAGACCUCAGCCAUACAGUAUAUGAUGAGCAAAUUAAUUUUAGCGGCAUUUUAUGUCAAGUAAACGAUGAUGAGGUAUCAUGA